ACAAUCAUUGCACUUUACCGGCGUCUGUAGUGAAGCGGCGGUGGUGGCGACUCAUGAGACACACGAAGCGGGACUGUUCUCCUCCAGCAGCGGUUUAAAAAAGAACCACAAACACCCAUCCACCUGAGUUAUUCGUGCCGAAAAUGUUGUGUCUAAGCGGGUUGUCGGUGGCUCUCGCUCUCGCUCUGGUGCCGGGUCCCACCGAAGCCCUGAAGGAAGGAGAGUGUGAAGUGUGUGUGACCUUCCUGGGGAAGUUUUAUCAGUCACUUAAAGACAACGAUGUAAAGUUCAACAGCGCAGACAUCGAGAAGGCGAUCAUUAAGACCUGCAAGGAUGUUAAAGGAAAAGAAAACCGCUUUUGUUACUACAUCGGAGCGACGAGCGACGCAGCCACCAAGAUGAUCAACGAGGUUUCCAAACCGCUCAGCUACCACAUCCCCGUGGAGAAGAUCUGUGAGAAGCUGAAGAAGAAGGACAGUCAGAUCUGUGAACUCAAAUACGACAAACAGCUGGACCUGACCACAGUGGACCUGAAGAAGCUCAAAGUGAAGGACCUGAAGAAGAUCCUGGAGGAGUGGGGCGAGUCCUGUAAAGGCUGCGCCGAAAAGUCCGACUUCAUCCGCAAAAUCACAGAGCUCAUGCCCAAGUACGCGCCAGCAGCCGCCAAAGCACGGACAGAACUGUAACGCAACACAAAACACACAACACAAAACAGCCACACAGCUUUGGACUUGACUUGGACCAGACUGCAAUCCGGUGAGGAGGACCAGGAGCAGAGGAGGAGGAGGAGGAGGAGGAGGAGAUGUUUGUCUGUCUUUUGGUGUUUUUUUUUGAGACCUCAGUGUGUGCGCCUACACUUUUAAAUCAGGUGUGUUUGCUGUUGUGGGGUGUGAGGGUGGGGGAGGAAGUCGUAGCACAGGAGCAUCAGGUAAACGGUUAGAUCAGCGUCCUCAGGUUAGAGGCGAGAGUUGGUCCUUGAACGCACCACAGCCGUGCCACUUUCUCCUCCCCCGCCUCUGACUCCUGAUGCCAGGAUGUUGUUGUUUUUGUUUUUUCCUGUGAUAUUGGAUGAGUGCAGGCCUCCACCCACACUGAGACUUAAAGGAAUAGUUUGACAUUUUGGGAAAUAUUUGCUUUCUUGCUGAGAGUUUGGAUGAGAAGAUCUCUCUCGCUCUCAGGUCUGAAGCGGCAGCUGGUUAGCCGUUAGCUUAGCAUAAAGACUGAAAACGAGGGAAGCGACCACCCUGGGUCCGUCUAAAGGGAACAAAGUCCACCUGUACAGCUCAUUAGUGAAGAGAAUAUUUCCCAUAAUGUCGAACCUUUUGCUUCAAGUCGAGACAUUCAGAUCUCCCCCCUUCUCAACCUCCGCUGUCGUCUUUUCUAUUUUCAGUUUACUGUCAGCAAAGUCGCCCAUAUUCCAAACAAAUGUGCCGUUAUUAAAAAAACUGAAAUCAACCACUUGUUUUUUUUUUUUUAAUUUUUUUCCUUUUGUUCAUGACACCUGUUAGACUGACACAGCCUCAGAGUUAGAAUUCAACUUUACUGUCAUGGAAAUGGUCCUGAAUAUUCAACAGAAAUAGAAAAUAAGUUGCUUCUACUUCCAGAAAAAUGCAAAUCCUAGCACAACGAGUAACCAUGAUGUAGUGAGAGGGAAAUUAGAAACGGUGAUUAAACAUUAAUUUAGAUAAUCCAGGUGAAAAUGCUUUUAUAGAUUUAAAUUUGAACACUGGCAACAAGAAGGAACCCGUGUUUUCAGAUUGUUGUUGUGGCAGGUUUUGCACAGAAGGUGGAGUGUGGGUGACAUCUGUUGAAGCAGAGUUUGUUAGCGUCUGACACAGGAAAGCUGCAGCAGUCCUACAGAUAUUUAUUUAGGAUUUUUUUUAACCUUCUUUUAUAGAUGCACAUCUGUUUCAUUUCUAACGUGUGAUUGUUUUGGGGGUGGAUUUUUUUUGCUCUGAUUGCUCUGCAGGAAAAUCCAACCAGGAAGUGGAUCAUGUAAAAUAAAAACAAGAAAAUUAACCAAAGCUGAGUUCAGCUGUGUAGGAAUAUUCAUGGUUCCUGAAUCUGUGGAAACAUCUACGUAUAUUUUUCUCCCCCUUCGCCCUCCCGGGACUGUUGUGUCUUUCAGAGGGGAAAGAUAUUUUACUAUUUGAUGUAAGCAAAUGGUGUCUACUUCCAAAAAAAGAAAAGAAAAGAAAAAAUGUACUUGAUGCUAAAAGAUGCGUGCCACUUGAUGAGACUCGAUCUGGGAAAUGAAAAUUUAAAAUAUGCUGUUGUUUCACGUCGACCUUUCAUGUAAGGCCCAGUCAUUUGUUACAACUGUACUAUUCUACUUUUUCAUUAAAAUAUGAAAAACUA